CCCUUCCUCCUCCCCCGCCGCCGCCGCCGCGCCACCACCGCCGCCGCCGCUCCGGCUCGAACUCCGGCUCCCACAUCCAUUUCCAGCCCUCGACUCGGAAUUGGGCCCGACGACGACGGCGACGGCGACGGCGACGGCGACGGGCACUUCCACCUCCACUCCGACGAAGGGGACUCGCCCCCCACCACCACUCGGCGAUGGCGCGCCGGCGCCGGCGCCGGGCCGCGUACUACAACGUGAGCUACGCCCGGAGCCAACCGGCGAACCCCUCGGUAUCGUACGAGCACCGGCCCCGGAGCCCCGAGACGAUCCACCGCCACUACGCCGACGCCGCCCCCGCCCCCUACGAGCCCUCCGCUUCUUCUUCCUCCUCCGCUUACCCUUACCACGGAUACCCUUACCCUGCUCAACCUUCUUCGGAUUCUUACCCUUAUCCCGGCCCCUACAUGAGCUACGGCGGCAAUGGCGGUGGCGGUGGGGGUUUCGGAGGCUACUUUGGCUCCGCUUCGCCUCCACCCUACGGGCCGCCGCCGGCGGCCGCCGCUCCGCCGGCGUCCCGGGCUCCUCCGCCGCCGCCGCCGUCGCCGCCGAGGCCCUCCACGUGGGACUUCCUCAACCCGUUCGAGGUGUACGAUAGCUACUACGCGUCCUCGCCCUACACGCCGAGCCGGAGCUCGAAGGAGGUGAGGGAGGAGGAAGGGAUCCCGGAUCUGGAGGACGAGGAGCACGAGGUUGUCAAAGAGGCCUACGGCGACCGGAAGUCCUCGGCCUCCGUGUCGGCGCCGGAGAAGGGGGACCUCUUGGGUAAAGGAGUAAUGGGGGUAUCAAGCGAGGAAGGGAGGAUUAGUAUCGGCGAGGGGAGUAGCAGCGGUAGCAGCAUCAGCUCCGGGCAUGAUGUUCAUGUGGUGGAGAAGAGUGUGGUGGGGAAUGAGGUGCAAAAGCCCGAGGAUGUUCGCCGGAAAGCGACCAGAACCUACCACGACGAUUCUGAGGUCGCCGAGGAGAUCAAGGCGCAGUUCGAAAAGGCCUCCGAAUCGGCCAACCAGCUGUCGAAGAUGCUCGAAGUUGGAAAGCGACCUUAUUUACAGAAGAAAUCUUUGUAUAAAGUAUCUGUGAGAAUGAUUUGUGGGUUGCCUUCUCUUCCCUCUUCUUCUAUGAAUGAGGACCUGAUGCACUUUGAAGAGGACAAGGCGAUGGGUUGCGGUAAUCUUUCUUCGACGUUGCAAAAGCUGUAUAUGUGGGAAAGCAAGCUCCUUGAGGAAGUCAAGGCUGAGGAAAAAAUGCGGGUACUCUAUGAUCAAAAGAGAGAAGAGCUGAGGCACCUUAUCGACAGAGGUGCCGAGGCUCAUAAGCUUGAGGAGAGUCAAACUUAUAUUAGGAAGUUAUCCACAAGAAUAAGAAUAGCUAUUCAGGUUGUUGACAGUAUCUCGAAGAAGAUCAGUCAGCUGAGGGAUGAAGAAUUAUGGCCACAGAUAUGCGAGCUGGUGCAAGGGUUUAUGAGGAUGUGGGGGACAAUGUUAGAAUGCCAUCAAACCCAAUGGCAAGCCAUAUCAGAAGCCAAAAGCCUAGAUUCUAUUAUAUCUGGAGGAAAGCUCAGUGAUGCUCACGUGGAAGCAACCAAGAAGCUCGAACUCGAGCUUCUUGAGUGGAUCACCGCUUUCUCUUCUUGGGUGAGCAUGCAGAGGAGCUACAUAAAAGCCCUAAAUGGCUGGCUCGUUAAAGGGCUUAAUUAUGUACCCGAAGAAACUGAUGAUGGUGUUCCUCCCUUUUCUCCCGGACGAUUGGGGGCACCUCCUGUUUUUGUUAUAUGCAAUUAUUGGUCGCAAAGUAUGGAUAGAGUAUCAGAAAGAGAGGUUGUCGAGACCAUGCUGGUUUUUGCAAGUAGCAUAUUUCACCUAUGGGAAAAGCACAAGUUUGAGCAGAGGCAGAGGUUGAUGGCAAAUAAAGAUUUGGAUAAGACCCUCAGAGUGAUGGAGAGGGAGGAGCAAUUCAUGCAUAAAGCUUUGGAUGAACAAAACAGAAAAUUAGCAUUAAUCUCGAGCCAGAGUGGUGUUCCGUUAUCUGGGCCGGCGGCGAAUCAGGAGUUGAAGGCUGAGAUUGACAGUUUGCAGUCAAUUUUGAGGCAAGUUUUUGAAGCGAUGGAGAACUUCACUUCUAGUUUUGCAAAAGCUUAUGAGGCACUACAUACAAGGUCUGAAGAGGAAAAGGGGAGAUUCGUCAGAGAGAAUGUGAAAGUUUCAUAAUCAUUUUAUUAAAGAAAAAGGAACUGUGCCGUGCAUUGAGAGUUUGCAGUCAGUUUUGAUGAGGAACUGAGUAUUUUCGUGUUAUAAUAUAACACUGAAGAAUGAAGUGCAGCCCAAAGAAUUCGAGGUAAUUUACCAGAAAGCAUAUUUAAAAAAACUCUUUUGAGACUGCUUUUGUGAAUCUGGGAUCCACUGCUACAAAUUACAAGGGCUAUUGAGUUUGAUUAUCAUAUAUAUUAUUUUCUAUCUCCUCGGGGGGAGUCAAAGAUAUCAUGGUUGGUCCCCGAUGCUAACAGAGCAGAUCACCGCCACAAAGCAAGAACACUUGUCAACUCAAUGAUUUUAAAUUAAUGUCGAAAAUGAUGGAAUUACAUUGAAAAGAGAAAUCUUGGGAAUAUUCAAACAGCAUUUUUGCAGGAGUUAUUAGAAAGAACAGUUUAAUGACUUAAAUGCUGUUUCAAGAAUGAGUUUACCUGACAUAUAUACCUCCGCAAUUUCUGCUACUUGUGAUUUAUCAGCGGCAUCAAGAUAAAUCCAACUUACAAUCAAGUUGGGGUAAUCGGGAGCUGGAAAACAAAUCAUCACCGACAAGCAUCUUCAAAAUUUCCUAAUCAAUGUCAGCCUCCGAAACAGCAAUAAAACCCUUGUGUGUAGCUCACGAGUGAUUACGACAUGCUGCAUAGCAUGGCUGAAUAUUACAAUAUACCUCGAAUAUGAUUCUCGUGGUAGGAGAUUAUAACAACAUAUUCGCGGAUUUAAGGGAGGAGAUUUGAUUCCAAGCCAUGCUUCAGUUGAAGUGUUGAUUGCUCAAAAAAGGAUGCCCUCUUUUGCUUAAUGCCCUCUCUAUUCAUCAUGCCGUCCUUAGGAUCGAGAGUAAGGAAUAAUCCUCUUCUCACUCUUAUACAACUAAAAAUUUUUGUAUUUUUUUUUUUCCUUCUCUUUGCUUAAUUUCACCUUGUUCAAUUCUUUUAUUCAGCCUUAUGUAUUGAUUUAUUACUUUUUUUUGCCCCCCAGCGGAAUGCUAGUAUACUAGUUGCCUCUAGCCAUUUUCUUCCUAUCUGGUGAAAUUUAAUGAUGAUUAGUUGUUUGCAUCACGAAAAUUGAGGUUGCUGCGGCGUUUGUAACUGUUAACUAGGUUUUAGAUCGACAAGAUGUUCUCUUUCUGAAGAUGAGCUCGGCGAUAGAAUUUUGCUGCUUGUAUUAUAUUGUGAGAUAAUUGCAAGACAUGUUCUACCAUGAAAAUUUUUCGAUUUAUGGGAAUGCUGUUACAGCAAAUAUGCAGAAUGUUUGGUGCCA